UUCCGCUCCGGUGCGUUUGCGGCCUCGUACGAAGGGAAAGCAUUGUGGAGAAAAAAGUUGGAAAAGUAAGAACAGCCAGAGACAAAAUAUGGGGGAUAACAUUAUCGGAGACCACAGCUAUGGUGGCAGUGAUAACAACAACAGCAUUAGCAACAACAACAAUGGAAACAUAGACAGUAAUAACGCUGCCACGAGCAACACAAUAGACGACGAAUUUGCGUCCUUGUUCUUGCAGGAGCUACAAAACACAAGAGCAGAGAGUUUGAAAAAUAUUCCGGCAAGUGUCACAGAGACUACAGCUGUCACUGGUCGCAACCACUCCGAGGUUGACUACAUGAACUCGAUGGAGCUUUCUGCCAGUCAGACAAACCUGGCUAUGAAGGGGGCUGCGAGUUAUGCGAUGUACUUGCCAAUGGAAACCACUUUCAACUCGAGCUUUUUGGACCUCAAUGAACUAUACUCACCCGGUACACAGCAGGUAGCCCUAGAGUCUUUGAUGAAAGGCAGUGGGAUUGGUGGUGCUGAAGAUGGGGUUCAGGAUGCAGGGUUGACGGGUGAUAUGAUGGAUCAGCUUAGAGCAGGCAAGCCAUCUUUCCAAAACCCGCUGUAUAAUCAUGGAUAUCAGCAAAUUAUGGAACCGGGAAAACAAAAAGAAAUGAUAGACAGCGUACUUGACAUUGCUACUGAACAGGGUGAUGAUGUUAAGAUCAAAAAUGAGCAAUAUUCUCCAGUGAAGGAGCCAACAGUGGGGGGCAAGGAAGGCGGUAAAGCAGUCAGUACAGAGAGCAGCUCCGAGAACCAGGUACUUCAACUGAUAUCCAACAACGUCCUGGCUUUGAUGGAGGUGAAUACAGAUGCGCAGACAACCAGCGAGAACUUUCCUUUCAAUACAUUGUGUAAGGGAAACAUUGCCGGCAGACUAUAUAUCAAUCCUGAGUCUUUUGUGAAACUUUCUAAGCUCCACAACAUUGCGGCACUGAUGGAAGAGGCCAAUUCCACACAGUUGUUUUGCUACAGAAGGAACUGGAUUUCCUUGGAUUUCAGCAUGAACUUAAGUUUUUUGGAAACUGUCAAGAAUGAGAGACCGUUUAAGAAAUUGUCGCUCCAUUUAUCCUCGAGUUUAAGAAAGCGUGACAACAAGGACAGCACCAAGGUAAGCGUGAUUACGGAGAAAGAGGAAUUUAUGUUUCAUAAGGCUGAAGUGAAAAAUACUGAAAAUAUUAUACAGGCCAGCGAGUCAGAGGUAAGCAUUGAGUACGACGACUUGGUGAAAAUAGCACAGCACGACGGAAAUGUGCACUUUCUAUGGGACCAGAUCAAAUUCAAAUCUGCAACAGCAAAUAAUCGACAUGAUGCAGCCAAUAAAUACUAUACAAUUGUUCUCGAGGUAAGGUUCCACAAUUCCCAAAACGGUGGUAACGACACCAUCGUGCUUACCAAGAGAUUUGAAUCGCAUCAAAUCAUUGUCAGAGGCAGAAACCCCAGCUUUUACUCUAAGAAGGGAGACAUCUUGAUCGGCAAAAUGAAGAAGCAGAGCUCAAGUCGAGCCUGUAAGGCUGAGGUGAAUCACAAUGAGUCGACAGACUCUGCGCAGUUUACUCCAAACCUAAAACUUGCCACACCAAUUGAAAACCUUCGAACAGACGCCGUAAAGACAGUGAGUCCCGCCGACAACGAUUACAAGCUACCCAUAACCGCUCUUGGAAACACCGUGGUAAGUGCAGGCGGCGGGUCAAACAAAAGUUUCUCGAAAGUCAAGGACGACAACGACCGACAUUUGGCUUUGAAGGAGAACAAGGGUGGUUCCAGCUACCAAUAUUUCAGGGUUACGGACAACUACUACCUUCCGCCAGUUGACGUAGGCUACUUCCCGCACUACGUCCACCACAGCAAGCAGGUGCUCAAAUCGAACGCUGUUUCUGCGGGAAUGUCUCACGACCAGGAAGUCAGAGAGCAGUACAACUACUAUAUGUAACUGGUAUGGUGGAGAGACCCUGACCCCGCCUAAUGAAGGGUGUCUUGUAAAAUUUUGUAGUGUACAGUGAACAAAUAAAGAGUAAAAAAGUCUUCUCAUUGGACUUUUGUCGCGGUU